AUCAACUAAGAGUCAAGUCUCUCAGAUCUCUCAUUCUCUAGGAAAUGUAUUUUCCUUCCUGUUCCUUUCCGGCCAUAUUAUUGAUUUCCUUCAAUUUGAUUCCUUUUAUGUAAAAAGCUGGUCGUCCAUUCCUCCCAUUUUCUUUUCCUGUAUUUUAACUGAUUUCUUCUUUUCCUUCAUUUAGUUUGAAGAUCUUGAGUUGGAUUUCUUUUUCCCCUCAAAAUAUUCCUUUUUCAUUUUCUAAACAAAUUUCUUAGCCUGUUUUUACUUUAUUUUUACGCAUUUCCCUUUUAAUUGCUAUUUCCAUUUGUUUUUACACUUAUUCCCCCCCCCUGUAGUAUUUGAUCUUUGUUCUCCUUUGGGUUUUACUUCGGAAAAUCUAAAGAUUAGACUUGAAUUUUAGUUCCUUUUUUUAGGAAAAAAAUCUGGCAAUAUUAUAUUUUUCCUCAAAUGGAAAAGGAUAAAUCCCCUGGCUUACUGCCAACGUCAGGUCGAUUUUCGGGUUUUUCAUCUUCUGGAAUUGCUCCAAACAAUUUCAAUCCGAAAACCGAAACGGGUACUUUCGGUCAAACUUCGGAAAACAAUCAUUUCAGUCAUGAUAUUAGGAAAAUGCCUGAUAAUCCACCAAAGAAAUUAGGCCACCGCCGUGCCCAUUCCGAAAUACUUACUCUUCCUGAUGAUAUUAGCUUCGACAGUGAUACCGGCAUCGUCGGGGCAGCCGACGGGCCUUCGUAUUCGGACGAAGCAGAGGAGGAUUUGUUUUCUAUGUAUCUCGAUAUGGAUAAGUUCAAUUCUUCUUCUGCCACCUCCACGUGUCAGGUUGGCGAGUCGUCCGAAGCGGCUGCUCCGGUGGCUGUCCCAGCGAAGUCGGGUUUGUCGUCUGGGGAAAAUAUUAGUAAUGGUAUUGCGUCUUCAAUGAAGCCUAGAGUAAGGCAUCAACAUAGCCAGUCGAUGGAUGGCUCGACGAGUAUUAAGCCGGAAAUGCUUAUGUCUGGUUCGGAAGAGGUUUCACCUGCUGAUUCUAAGAAAUCUAUGUCCGCUGCUAACCUUGCUGAGCUUGCUCUUAUUGAUCCCAAGCGUGCUAAGAGGGUCUGGGCGAAUAGGCAAUCCGCUGCUAGGUCAAAGGAAAGGAAGAUGAGAUAUAUAGCCGAGCUUGAGCGGAAAGUACAGACACUUCAAACAGAAGCAACAUCACUCUCUGCCCAGCUUACUCUAGUACAGAGAGACACCAAUGGUUUGACUGCUGAAAAUAGUGAGUUGAAACUGCGCUUGCAAGCAAUGGAGCAACAAGUUCACUUGCAAGACGCAUUAAAUGAUGCAAUGAAAGAGGAAAUCCAGCAUCUGAAGAUGCUGACUGUUCAGCCUAUGCCGAAUGGUGGAGGAAUGAUGAACUUUGCAUCUUUUGGAGCUAGUCAGCAGUACUACCCAAAUAACCAUGCCAAGCAUACUCUUCUGGCAGCACAGCAGUUCCAGCAACUUCAGCUUCACUCACAGAAGCAUCAGCAUCAGCAUCAGCAUCAGUUUGCACCAAAUCAACUGCAUCAUCAACAGGAGCAAACAGGGGAGAUGAGAGCUAGAGGUUCAAUGCCUUCCCCCAACCAGAAAGAUUCUUCAUCAGAUGUAAAUUCAACCGCGUCAAAGGAUUAAGGACUGAGAGACCUAUAGGACUGCAGAGAUAAGGUGUUAUCCUUUAAACUCUGGUGUUUGGUACCAUAAGCUGCCGGUCGUUCAGCCUAUACGUUCUAAUUGAGGUAAACCAAAAUGAUACAGGUACUGUAUGCUUUUUUUUUUUUUUUUUUUUUGGUUUUUACCGACAUGUAUCAUUAUUGAUCGAUGUUAAUUAGUAUUGGUGCAUAUAAAUUUGUUUUCUUAAAGAACUUUCAAAAUAUAUAUAUUCAUUAAAUUAAGUUAUUGAACUUAAUUAAUUAUAAUUUACUGUAUUUUCAAUAA